CGCGCCCGGGCCGGGCCGGUGACGUCAUGGCGGCGGCCAUGGCGGACGGGGACACGGAGCGGCUGCUGCGCUACCUGGGCCAGGUGGAGGAGCUGGCCGAGGACGUGCUGGCCGACAAGCGCCAGGUCAUCAACCUGCACGUCAAGCAGAACCAGAACCGCGAAGCGCUGCGUGCUCUGCAGAAGGACCCCGGCCCGCCCGAGGAGGUGAUGGUCUGCUUGGGCAACAUGUUCGUCCACCUGCCCCGGGAGCGGACCAAGGAGAUGAUCGAGAAAGACCAGGCCCAUCUGGAGGAGGAGAUCGAGAAACUGCGAGACCAGAUGCGGGUCAAGGUCAACAACCUCUUGGAGGUCCAAGGCAAACCGGAAGUGAAAGGGUUCAACCUGCGGCCCCUGAGCCCCGAGGAGAUGAAGGCGGUCACCGUCAUCCUCAAGGGCUGAGCGGCCGGGGCGGGGGGCGCGGCCGACAGGCCCCCGGACACGCGGACGGACAGAUGGAAGGAUGGACGGGCGGGGAGGACCGCCCUGGACCCGCCUCGGGGAACGGACGGAGGGCGGGCGGGCGGGCCCGGGGCGGCCCCCGGCGCGGGCGGCUGACGGAGCCCUUGAGAAUAAAGGCCGACAGCAUCGGAAA